AUGGAUACUCCUCCUGCUGCAAGAAAUGUUCCUCGACGUAGACGUGUCACUCGUUCAGUCGCGGCACCGGCCAUCAAUAGCCAGUCGCCCAACUGCACCCAGCAAUCAACGCCUACUCAUGCCCCUCCACCAGGGACAUCCCAGGUUAGUGAAUUAACUCCACCUGUAUCACCUUUGCAUCAACAGCACGAACUACCAGUGCAGCAGUCGCCACCUAUGGAACCAACGGCAACGCAGUCAUCACCACAUGUGGGCCCAGCGACAGCACCUACUCCACCUGCUGCCCGCCCCCCCAGCAGCCCACCUGCUCCACAACGACCGGUCGCCCCAAUCAACGGCACGAGCAUACCCUCUACCGCUGACCAGCCGAGCAACAACGACCCGCCAUCAUGGGUGAUCGCCUGGGUGUCCCGUUUCGAGUCUACCCUCGACGAGGACAUGCUGGAAGGGGUACUUAAAGAUUUCCUCGCACUCGUCCACCAGGUAUGCAACAUCCGUGGCCCACAACGCAAUCGCCGUCGCCCACAACAACAUUCAUCGUCUACACGCGACCAGAACACCGCCACGGAAGCCAGCGAGAUCCAGCGCCUCUACAGAGCUAACCGGAAGCGUGCAUUUGACCGUGUUAUGGCCGGGACCCCCCGCUUCUGCCAAGUUGACUCAACAUCCGUCUAUCAGCACUUCCGAGGUAUGUAUGAAAACCCUCCAUCCAGAAGCCCUACAGCCGUCCCUGUCACCCCUAUUGCGCCUCCAACGACCGACAAUCCGUUUGACGAGCCUUUCACGCCUACAGAAGUGGCAAAACGACUAGCGAGAGGCCACAACACAGCGCCUGGCCCGGACAAGAUCAGAUACCUCCAUUGGAGAAAAAUAGACCCGAGAGGUCUGAUCAUCUCCGCCAUCUUCAACGCUGUACGGCGCACCGGAUACAUCCCUCACAACUGGAAAUCCUCUACAACUGUCUUAAUACACAAGAAAGGGGAUGUCAACUGCCUGAGCAACUGGCGUCCUAUCUGUUUGUCCAACACGCUGGGUAAACUUUACUCAGCGUGCCUGGCGGACCGCCUCCUACGAUGGUGCAAUGACAACCAGCGCCUCUCAACAGCACAAAAGGGAUUCCUUAACUACCAGGGUUGUCUUGAGCACAACUUCCUGCUCAAUACCAUCAUUCAAGACGCCAGAAGAACCAGAAACGACUGUUACAUCGCCUGGAUGGAUAUUGCCAAUGCCUUUGGCAAUAUCCCCCAUGACACCCUCUGGACAUCCCUACGCUGGCAUGGCUUACAUCAAGAUGCCAUUUCCACCCUUCAGCAGCUUUACGAGGAUUCCACCACGUGCGUUAGAACCUGUUCCGGCUUCACUAACCCCAUUGCCAUGCGUUCCGGGGUCAAGCAGGGGUGCCCAAUUAGCCCCCUACUUUUCAUCAUGGCAAUGGAACCUGCCAUUCGCCAAAUACAAGCAGCAGGGAAGGGCUACCCCAUACAUGGUCACCACGUCAGCAUUCUCGCAUAUGCAGACGACGUUGCUCUCAUCAGCAACUCUGCCACAGGACUACAAGACUUACUAAAUACCAUCACUGACUGGACUGACUGGGCGGGCAUCCGCUUUAACAUCAACAAAUGUGGGACCCUCGCCGUUUUGGGUAAGUUACAUACUGCCGGUACUAACACUUUUAAUAUCAAACAGCAGGAACUCCCAAGAUUGGCAAAAGAAGACGCUUAUAAACACCUUGGAGUACCCACCGGCUUCUCCAAGUGUGACACAGAGGAAGCAACAACAAACAACAUCCUUACCUCCAUUGAAAAACUGAACUCGUCAAAACUGGCACCGUGGCAGAAGGUUGACGCACUUAAUACCUUCAUUAUCCCCAAGCUCACCUUCUGCCUCACCACCGGCACCACGCCUAAGAAGACAUUGGACCGAAUUGACCGAUUGAUAAAACGCUGCAUCAAACGAUGGUUAGGACUACCUCAGCGAGCAAGCACCGAAAUUGUGCACCUCCCAUACAAGCAGGGAGGCACUAAUGUCCCCCCCACCAGCCACCUCGCGGACAUCGCUCAAAUUUGCCAUGCGCUUUAUCUUUUUCAGUCCAGAGAUGAAGACAUCGCAGCCAUCUCCCGCAACGCCCUCGCAGACGUGGUAAAACACCGCAUCAGACGUGACAUCACCACCGACGACCUAUGCUGCUACCUAAACGGGUCCAUGCAGGAGGAGUUCGGCCGCCCGAGCAAGGACAUCACCUCUGUAUGGACCAGGCUCCGCAUGGCAACGAGGCGCCUGAAAAAGAAAAUUGAACUCAACUGGACAACAGGCCCCGACGACUUACCCAACAUCGUAGCGUGCGACAACCUAAUCCGUGCCCAAGACUGUCAGCGCACACUUUGCGGACUGCUAAAGGUAUACUACCAUCAAAAACUUGCCGCCAAACCGGACCAAGGUAAGGCGUACAAGCUUACUUCUGCUAGCGAGGUGAGCAAUCACUUCAUAAACAACGGUCAGUACACACGAUUUUCUGACUGGUAUUUCAUUCACCGAGCUAGAUUAAGUGUUGUGGCCCUACGAGGCCACAAACGCUUUGGGAAUGAGAUUAAAAAAUGCAGGCGUUGCAGCUACCAACGGGAGACUUUGGCACACGUUCUGUGCCAUUGCCCCCCAAACUUCCACCUUAUAACAAAACGACACAACGCCGUCUUAAAUCGUAUAGUCGCCGCCUUCAGACCCAGGGACGCCAAGGUCUACGUUAACCAACGGAUCCCGGGCUUUAGCGAAAACUGCCGUCCCGACUUGGUAGUAGUUCAUGAGGCUUCGAAGACCGCCACCAUCGUUGACGUCACAGUCCCCUUCGAGAACGGCGCAGAAGCUUUCCAAACAGCGAGGGACGAAAAACUCCGUAAAUACAACUCUCUCGUCCAAUUCUUCAAGCAACAAGGCUUCAACACCCAUAUCAGUGCCUUCGUCGUCGGCGCCCUAGGAGGAUACGACCACUCCAACGAUUCAACCCUCCAGCGCUUAGGGAUCAACCGACGGUAUGCAUCACUAAUGAAAAAAUUGAUGAUUAGCGACACCAUCAGGUGGAGUGCGGACAUAUAUCGCAAUCAUCUUAACUCGCAAGGACGUGCACCCUACCCACGUCCAAAUGUGCCACAGAACUAA